CGACCAAACCCGCACAAUUUACUACUUUGGGCCUCGUCCCUCCCCUCACCACCAAUCUAUUCUUCCUUCCUUCCUUCCUUCCAAAUCUCUCUCUCCCCCUUUCCGCGUGCUUUCUUUCUCCCCCAUCCAUUCCCCUCCCCUCCUCUGUCGUCCCCGAUGAACCUGUGGACGGACGACAACGCGUCCAUGAUGGAGGCCUUCAUGGCCUCCGCCGCCGACCUGCCGACCUUCCCCUGGGGCGCCGCCGCCGCCACCCCGCCCCCGCCCGCCGCCGUCAUGCCGCAGCAGCCGGCCUUCAACCAGGACACGCUGCAGCAGCGCCUGCAGGCCAUCAUCGAGGGCUCCAGGGAGACCUGGACCUACGCCAUCUUCUGGCAGUCCUCCACCGACGCCGGCGCCGGCGCCUCCCUCCUCGGAUGGGGCGACGGCUACUACAAGGGCUGCGACGACGCCGACAAGCGCGCCAGGCAGCAGCCCACCCCGGCCUCCGCCGCCGAGCAGGAGCACCGCAAGCGCGUCCUCAGGGAGCUCAACUCCCUCAUCGCGGGCGGCGGCGCCGCGGCGCCGGACGAGGCCGUGGAGGAGGAGGUCACGGACACCGAGUGGUUCUUCCUCGUCUCCAUGACGCAGUCCUUCCCCAACGGGAUGGGCUUGCCGGGCCAGGCGCUCUACACCCGCCAGCCCACCUGGAUCGCCUCGGGGCUCGCCAGCGCGCCCUGCGAGAGGGCCAGGCAGGCCUACACCUUCGGCCUGCGCACCAUGGUCUGCAUACCCGUCGGCACCGGCGUGCUCGAGCUCGGCGCCACCGAGGUCAUCUUCCAGACGGCCGAUAGCUUGGGGAGGAUCCGCUCGCUGUUCAACCUCAACGGCGGUGGAGGAGGAGGGGGCGCUGGAUCCUCCUGGCCGCCCGUCGCGCCGCACCAGCAGCACGGAGGGGACCAGGCGGAGACGGAUCCGUCCGUGCUCUGGCUCACCGACGCGCCCGUCGGGGACAUGAAGGAGUCGCCUUCCGUCGAGAUCUCCGUCUCCAAGCCGCCCCCGCCGCCUCAGAUCCAUCACUUCGAGAACGGGAGCACCAGCACGCUCACGGAGAACGCCGGCCCGUCCCUGCACGCGCACCAGCAGCCGGCAACGCUGGCACCCGCCGCGCCGCCGCGGCAGAAUCAGCACCCGCACCAGCUCCAGCUCCAGCACCAGCAAAGCCAGCAGCAACAGCAGCAGCAGCAGGGACCGUUCCGCCGGGAGCUCAACUUCUCUGAUUUCGCCACCAACGCCUCCGUCACGGUGACCCCGCCUUUCUUCAAGCCCGAGUCCGGCGAGAUCCUCAACUUCGGCGCGGACAGCACCAGCAGGAGGAACCCGUCGCCCGCGCCACCCGCCGCGGCGGCCAGCCUCACCACCGCGCCUGGGAGCCUCUUCUCACAGCACACGGCGACCGUGACUGCCCCUACCAACGAAGCCAAGAACAACCCGAAGCGGUCCAUGGAGGCCACCUCCCGCGCCAGCAACACCAACCACCACCCGUCCGCGACGGCCAACGAGGGCAUGCUGUCCUUCUCGUCCGCGCCGACGACGCGGCCCUCCACGGGCACGGGCGCCCCGGCCAAGUCAGAGUCGGACCACUCGGACCUGGAGGCGUCCGUCCGCGAGGUGGAGAGCAGCCGCGUGGUGCCGCCACCAGAGGAGAAGAGGCCACGCAAGCGUGGGCGCAAGCCGGCAAACGGGCGCGAGGAGCCCCUGAACCAUGUGGAGGCGGAGCGGCAGCGGCGAGAGAAGCUGAACCAGCGGUUCUAUGCGCUCCGUGCCGUGGUGCCAAAUGUGUCCAAGAUGGACAAGGCGUCGCUGCUGGGCGACGCCAUCUCUUACAUCAACGAGCUCCGUGGCAAGAUGACGGCGCUGGAGUCGGACAAGGAUACUCUCCAUUCCCAGAUUGAGGCGCUCAAGAAGGAGCGCGAUGCUAGGCCAGUGGCGCCAUUGUCGGGGGUGCACGACAGUGGGCCGCGAUGCCACGCGGUGGAGAUCGAGGCGAAGAUCCUCGGGCUUGAGGCGAUGAUCCGUGUGCAGUGCCACAAGCGUAACCACCCGGCGGCGAAGCUGAUGACGGCGCUGCGGGAGCUGGACCUGGACGUGUACCACGCCAGCGUCUCGGUGGUGAAAGACAUUAUGAUCCAGCAGGUGGCCGUCAAGAUGCCCAACCGCGUCUACUCUCAGGACCAGCUCAACGCGGCGCUCUACAGCCGCCUCGCCGAGCCCGGCGCCCCAGUGCCAAUCCGGUAAUCGAAAUCCAUAUACCACCUGAUAGUGAGGGAACUGUGAUCUUGCUCACCUUGGUGCACCAUCAUCGUCGCCAUCAGUUAUCAGCGGCGUCGUUAUAGCCAGAGAUCCAGACCGAGGAAGGUGAUCAUGUUGUUGUAAAAUCUCUCUUAGAAGAAAGGAUGCAUGGAUGGGUGGUGAUACUUUAGCAGCAGCUGGAGCUUGUUGCUGUUCAUCAUCAUCAUCUUGUUGUAUUUUUGCUAGUAGUUUGUUAGCAGAAUUGAGCGCCUGAUUCGUCGUCGUUAAUUAUACUCCAUAGUACCUCCUCAUGACUUUGUGAUCGAUGAUGGAUCGGCGUAGUGUCAAUCAAAACUGUAUAUAUGACGACAUGGAUUGUAUCAUAUCACCAUCGUUCCUCUGGUGGUGUACCCCUCCCCUCCUGAUGUAUGUAUUGUUUCUUGUCUUUGCAGCAGGAUGACAUGAUAUGGCUUGAAAAAUGAAAUUGAUCCUCUGUUCUUUUUAA